GCUUCGGCUAGUUGGUAUGCAUGACGAUAUUUAUAGCGCGAAAACAAAACGACGACACAGAGACAAGAAGCUCGUGUCUUUCGUGUCCUUCUUGUCUCUGUGUCGUUGUUUUGUUUUCGCGCUCUAAAUAUCGAUUGUUGGCGUUGUGCCAGUUGUGCGCUUUCAUACGUAUGUUAGUUACGCGCACUUAAAUCGCGUUCUGAACCAGUUGUUUAGAGACAGCAGAAAGACUUACUGAGUAAAGCAGUUUUGAAAUUUCAGAAUGUCCACUUUUGACUCGACGAAGCCAGCCGAUAGCUCUGAAAGUGAAGACGACGACUACGUUCCAUCGGCCGAGGAGAGCGAAGGCGAUGAGUCGGAUGCCGAAAACGACGCUAGGAGUGACGCCGAGGUACCAGCUGGAAAGAAGCCUAAAAGGACAAAGAAAAAAACAUUUGUCGAGGUAUUGACCUUGGUAUACAUACCCCUGCCCACUGUGAGGAUGCCGACAUUGAGGCGAUUGGGAGCAGGAAAACUGAUGAAGUGUAAGGGUGGAAUCUAUUUGGAGGGUGAAGCUAGUCCAGCUCACAGAAGUCCUGAUAAAGCAAACGAUGCCGAGGAGCUAGUUCCUGCACUCAACCCGGACGAGGAAAAGAAGCGAGCAGAUGAUCUGUGGUCUGAUUUCUUGCGUGAUGUUGAACCUAAUCCUAGGAAACGCAUUGUUCCUGCUGCAAGUGUUGUCUCUAGGUCUACCAUGAAGAGAACAGGAAAAACGGUUCCACCAGCUCAGCUGCAAAAUCUUGCGAUGCUCGUGAAGAGACUCCUAUGCAACAUGCCGAACAGGCUUCGACGAGUUCCAAGGGACCAAGGCCGUGGCGUCUAAUAAGGCCGAAAGUGAGAUGAAGCCCUCGGCGUUUGCGAAGCGCCUUGUGCCAAAGGUCGAGUGGGAAGCGAAGGCCAAGACCACCGGAGCGUGCCGCGGGGCCGCCAAGAAGGCGUCCAGCGAUGCUGCUGUCGAUGGCCACGGGGAUGUUGGGGACGGCAACGCUGCAACAUUGACCGGCAUCACCAGUCCUGGCGGCCUUGAAUGGGGAACAAAUUCCGCACCCGCCAAGGCACCACUGCGUAAACAAGGAGGCACCACUAAGGACACGUCUUUCAUGACUAAAAGAAAGUUUAACAAGAGAAAGAACUCUCGGUCGGGCUUCGAUUCUUCGGGGAAUGACGAGCCGCCCAACAGCGUGGGUUCAGACGACGACCUCGAGCCCGUGGCGGGCCCUUCGCAUCGCCAGCAACGUGAGGCUCCACAACGAGCACACCCUUGGAAGAAGCGCGGAGCCGCGGCUAACACAAAGCAGCCGUGACGCCACCGGUGACGAAAGUGACACGGACUUCAUCAAGGCACCCGCCAAGAAACCCGGCACAGUUUCUCGGGCACACAAGAAGGCUCCGGCAGAUGACUCCGAGUCCGACCUUAUGUCAGGCUCCGAAGAAGGCAACCAAGAAUAUGACGGUCCUGUCGUUCCUCCUCCCCUUCGGUCGACGACGACGUGCCUGCCGUGCCGCGUCCAAGUGCCGCCAACCGAGGCCGCUCCAGGGCAGCGCCGGUAAACUACAAUUUCGGAAGCGAGAGCAGUGACUGAUUCUGAAACGCCUCAUGUGCUGAGUAAACUGUGGUAUACUGCAUUCUGAUGCUUGCGCCUCCACCUAUGCAUAGAAGAGCCAUGUGUGAGCUUCGUGGCAUGUACAUCACAUUGAAUGGCAGUGUGACUGAUUUACAUUUUUUGCCGCCUUCAUCAUUGUGACUCUAUAAUGUUCUGGAAUUCUACACGCGAGGGCAGUGGCCACCUUGGUGACAAGUGUUCCUUAUCCUACAGACUGUCUCAGUGUGCAAGUUUGCGCUCUUUUUUUUGUGUCCGGAUGUGACAUCUACUUAUGGUUUCACCUAGCAGAGGACCCUUUGUGAGAGAUGUGCGGUAGAGGUUUUGCUGGCUGGCUUUCGUCACUGAACGAAGAAAGCAGAAGGAAAUUACCGAGGAUGUGCCAAUUUUCCAUAUGCAUUCUUUUUUCGGCUCUGUAGGUUCAUGCACCAGGUCAAUGACAUUCUCACUGUCGAAGCAGAUUAUAGGGUGCCUUAUCGCGCUAGGUACCCAAGUGCUGCAAUUUUAAGAUCUUUAACCAGUUUUAUAUGCAUGUUAAAUCACGUUUACUUCUCCACAAUGGAGGAAGCCAGAAUAAUCUGGCUGCUUUUUUUUUUCCUGCGGCGAUUUUAUAUUAGUUCCAGUAGGUGCCUCACAUAGCUAGUGUGCUGGCGACCUCUCCUGCUCAUUUACAACACCUUGCAGUUAUAAUCAAGUUAAGUGUUUUACCUUUGUCAGUACUGGCUUGCUAUCAGUCGUAAUAUAUUUGCAACGUAUUUAAGGAUCCAGCCUCUUUUCUUGUUCUGUUUGUCAGUUAUUUGCAUUGUAAUGAAAAAGGACCCUGUCCAGUUCUUUCCGCUACUGUCUUGACGCCGCUACCGCUUUAAGUCCAGUGUUCACAGUAGAGCAUUUAUUCUUAUUUAGCUCAACACACGUUAACGUUCUAGAUAGCAUUGUCAUAUGCGAAGCAUAUUUCACGGUUGCCAUUGUUGAUAUAACUGCAAAAGUCAACACGUCAAAAUUAUAUCGUCAUGCUCGUGUGACAGUGUCACUCACUCAUCGAGACAAUGAUCGAUCAUGUGUUUCUUUCUGAGAGGGUGCGGCUCUAUAAAGUAACAGGUAACAAAGAGGGUAACUUACACUGUGUUUUUUCGGAUUAUAUGCGGCUGCGAUGACACACCUGACACAGGUCUAUCGGACAGGGCUGUUCGGGCUGUUGUACGCUUCUAUAGAUUUUGCACGUCUGUGCAAUUUCACAGAAAAACAUCACUCGGGAUACUUGCAGAGUCUGUCUACGACGCAUUUCACGGCGUCGACAUGAUUGUACGAAUUGAGCCGCAGAUAUCACAGGUACGUAACCGUAUCGUCCACAGCAGGAUGUUGAUGCAUUAUCGCAAGCGUAUUGCGGAUGAAAGUGUCGCCCAGGUCACCCUGGUCGUUUGCAAAAACAACUUUGGCAAAUUUGUUAUAUGCGAGGAUUUACGGUUGCGAUUCAUGGUUACGUAUUUUUUACACCCGCGUAUUUGAAUAUUGUAGCCUGUAGAGCCUCUUGCUGAACUGGGUCUGUCCUUGCAUUAGUACAAAUUAAAAUGUGCAUGUGGGACGUAGGCUGCAGCAUCGAUGAUGCCAUUUCGCAAAUGAGCUACAUUUACGUGGUUAAGAUACUUCAUAUGUUUUGAUGAGGUUCUCAAAGCUGGAGCUGCACGUCAACAGAGCUCAUAUGUUCAUUUCAUAACCCUCCUGCAGUCCCUGCAACUUCCUCUGUUGCGGCCUCCACUUGUGAACAUGCAAGAGGCGUCCUGACGCGCUGUUCUCAAAGACAGCUUGUGCACCUGCUGCGCUCGUCAUCACGUGAUCAUAGAUUGUGGUGGCACGCUUUAAGCUGAGACAUAGCUUCCUAUUUUUUUCGGUACCUGGGCGAACGCUCUUUUUAGGCUCUUCAAAAAUAGAGGAAGCACUGGCUGAGACGACUGGGUGAAGCCAACGCACCGUUAUCAUAGACCAACCACAGUUUUCGCUAGAUUCACAAGAAUCUCGGGCAUCUGUAUUCGUGUUUGUCUCAACUGCAGCAUUAGAAGCAGUAAUGCAACCAAGGACUUUGAUCGCCAAAACUUCUAAUGUACCUUUUUUAGGUUCUUCCGUUAAGUAAUUUAUGCUGGAUUAAUGGAACAUGAACAAAUCGUGCCAGAAGCCCGUGUUUUGUACGAUUCUCGAGAAAUUAUCUGACUGCGUGUACAAGCGCAUUAGCUACCAGCUCAGUAAAUGAAAUGCAUAGCUGCAGAUACUAUUUAUAUAGCACUGCAACAGCAGGCCCCGCCGCGGUGGUCUUGUGGCUAAGGUACUCGGCUGCUGACCUGCAAGUCGCGGUUUCAAAUCCCGGUUGCGGCGGCUGCAUUUCCGAUGGAGGCGGAAAUGUUGUAGGCCCGUGUGCUCAGAUUUGGGUGCAUGUUAAAGAACCCCAGGUGGUCGAAAUUUCCAGAGCCCUCCACUACGGCGUCUCUCAUAGUUAUGUGGUGGUUUUGGGACGUUAAACCCCACAUAUCAAUCAAUCAAUCAACAGCAACAGCAGCAACUAAUGACCCUAACAUAGUCGUCAAUAGGUAGUCCAGCUAUGGUCCCUAGAAAACUGGCUAGUCUGCCGCUCUCCACCGCGUCUGUGCCGAUGAACCAGCGGCACGGCCACGUCCGAGCCGCUGGUUCGUGCACUGGCGGCCAGGGGGCGCCGCAAUCUAUCGAAGUGCCGUGAUCACGGACCAUGCACCAUCGGCGCGGACGCGGCCUUCCACGGGGACAGCCCGGAGACGGCAGACUAUCCAGUAUAUUUUAAAGACCGUAGUCCAACGUGGGACCCUCAGAGUUGCCACUUCCGUCUAUGGGAGAAGAGCGCUGGAUAGGUGGCGCGCCGAAAAAUAGCACCUGGCGGAGAGUGGCAACACAACUCAGCCGCUCGCAGCCAGACAACUGGCCACCAGUGUACAUCUGUGAGAGCACGCACGUGCGCCGCUUCAUUUUGGAACGAACAGCUCGAAAACUCAUUGCGCCAGUUAUAAUGCACCACGGUUUAGAAAAAUAGCUCGGUCCGAAGGCUACUCUCACAUGAAAAACGAAUAAAAUCCUUCCAAAGCGGA